CUCAAAUCGUCAACUGAAUCCAGCUACAAUCUUUCUUCACUUCCACAAGAAUAUAUCACUUCUGAAAUCAGAAUGGAUACAUAUUGAGUCACCUACAGUCAUUCAGUUCUUUCGAAACACCCUGAAUCUUUCUCUCCGUCCAUCACUUGGUCAUAUCAGCUUGAUUGUCUGUAUCCAUUUACCUCCAUCGACACAUCCGGCACCGUACCACGAGUUCACGACACAUAUCGUUCAAUCAUGGCUACUCCUCAGGCAACAAAACGACUCCAGAAGGACUAUCAAGCCAUCAUAAAACAGCCCGUCCCUUACAUUAGUGCCCACCCUUCGGAGUCCAACAUUCUCGAAUGGCACUACAUCCUCACCGGCCCGCCACAGACACCGUACGAGGGCGGUCAAUACUGGGGCACGCUCCAAUUUCCACCAGACUACCCGUUCGCUCCUCCGGCCAUCCGCAUGCACACUCCCAGUGGCCGCUUCCAGCCAAGUACACGAUUAUGUCUCAGCAUCUCCGACUUCCAUCCCAAGAGCUUCAACCCUGCAUGGGGGGUUAGCACGAUCCUCGUGGGCUUGAUGAGCUUCAUGACCAGCGAAGAGAUGACGACCGGAAGUGUAAGAGCCAACGAAGCCGAAAGGCGAUUGUUCGCCGCAAGGACGCGCUGGUGGAAUUCAACAGGGGGCGGAUCGUCCAACCGCAUCAUACCGGGUGUCAGUCCUGAACAAGAAGCGACAGCACGGUCGGGUAGCAACAAUGGGGGAAAUGGUCUCGCGGGCAUCGGCGCAGUCAAGGCUGGUGAUGGUGGCGCUAAGUUCCGAAAGGAGUUUCCGGAGCUGGAUGAGCAAAACUGGAAAUGGAUGACAGAGAAGCGAAUCGACCCGAAGACCGGAUACGUCGUCAGCUCCUCGGCGGCGGGCCCGGGCCCAUGUAACUCCACGGCCGCAGCUCUGAGACGAAGACCGGGUUCAAGUACGUCCGGACUCGGUGCGAUGGUCGAGGGAGGUCAAGCGGCUCGACAGGCUGGGCAGGUGGGUGGAGGAUGGGUGGCAAGGAAUAAGUGGAAGAUUGGGUUGGUGGUGGUGUUUGGUUAUGUUAUAUUGGCUCGUCUGCUAGGUGAUGGAACUACGGACUCCUCGUAGUCACAGGCGGCUCCGGGCAAACAGCAACCCUGCGGCUCAGUUACGAUAAACACAUGAAAAAUAGCUGGUGGAUGGAUCAGGUUGUUGGGCGCAAACGGGUCAUUAACAACGGCGUUCAGGGCAUCACGAUAGAGUCCACCAGGUAGGAUCAUAUCCCGAUCAUUUGCAUGGGCGGGCAUGAUUCUCUCGUUAUUGGAAACUAUCAUUCAAUUCUGUCUGCUUCUCUACCUAGUGCUACGGUAAUACAUAGACGCUGUGUAUGUCCAUGUUCCAGCGAAUAAAAGUGAUAGGCCAUGAGACAGAGACUCGCAUCAAUGUAAUCCUUCCGGCGCUCU